CACAGACAUCAUUAGCCACAAUCGAUGCCUUUUGUCAUCAUCUUCUGAUAUUACAUAUAAUAUAUAAAUGUGUAUUUGAUAGAGAAAGUUUUGGAGGAUAUAUUGGGAAGAAGAUCGCAUUAAAACCGGCAUUGCGGAUUACUGCUUGCGUGGAUACUUCCUUCCUUCCUUCCCAAAACAUCCCCAAAUGGCUUUUCCUUGAUGCUUCCUCGCCUUCCCAGCUCUCGCGCACCUCCGUUCGGACCGUGCUUCGGGCGAUGACGGCGCCCAACAUCGAGAUGAUCGCUGCUUUGCUCAGGAGCUGCAAUCUGGGGAGAGGCGGAGACAGGGUGUCUCCGCCGUCGGCUGCGGCGCGUUGGGUCGAGGCGAGCGACGAGAGCGCGGGAGAGGUCACGGUGGAGCUCAACUCGGAGACGGCGCUCCCUUACCACUGGGAGCAGUGUCUUGACAUGCGGACAGGGGAAGUCUACUACAUCAACCGGGAGACGGGAACCAGGACGAGCAAGGACCCGAGAACCGCCGUCGCUGCCGCCACCUAUUCAUCGAGCUACCACUCCGAGGAAGACGUCUCAUCUGAUGAUGACAGCUGCUCCGGAGUCGGCGGCAGCGACGACCACGAGGACAGCGUCGACACCGCCAACUCCUGCCUCACCUCCCUCUCGUCCACCUCUACAUCGGAUACUAGCGCGGAGCCCAGCGGUGGCCAUAUCCUCGUUUCCGCCGGAUGCAGGUCCUGCUUCAUGUACUUCAUGGUUCCCAAGAGCAUCGACGCCUGCCCCAAGUGCGGCGGCCGCCUCCUUAAGCUCGGCCGCGACGGCUGCGUCUGAACUCCCAUGUAUUUUGGAUCAAUCCAGCGAGAAAAGAUCGAGCUUUUAUGACCGAGUUCCAAUUUUUUUUA